AUGAGGAUUGGCGCUAUGCACAGUACCGUGACGCAGACUCCAGAUGAGCGGGCCCUCAGCGCCCCGCCCACGCGGCAUGUGGAUGCUGUCAACGGCGGCCCCCCGGAUCACCAUCCUCGCCAGACACAGCCAAGGUCUCUCGGCGAAGCUCUCCGUGAGGCUGGCGUCUCGCUGGAAAGCUCCGGACCCGCUUCCGAAACACCCAGCGAAGAAGAUUACGAUGAAAAUGUACGCCCAGCAUAUGCCAUCGGGGGCCAGGAUCAACAACAUCAGCAACAGCAACCGCAACUGUUGCAGAGGAGAAAGAACGAGAGGCGUAUAGGCAGAAAGGGGCUCGUCUCUGCACAAAUUGACUCAACCAUAGUUCGCGAUGAUGCAGGCGGAGUAAGAAUAUAUCCUGCAAACGAUCAGGCCCUCCAAGAGCUUCUUCGACGAACUUCGGAAACGGCUAAACAUCCAGACAAGGCAGCUAAGCAGAAGCGCAAGUUCCGUGACCAUUUUUUUACUCACCAGUUUUCGGCCUUUGAUCCCCAUAAUUCGGCCGCCGCAAAUAGUCCUUUUCAUGGCUUCUAUACUCUCUUUUGGCUGGCUGUGGCCCUAUUUGUCCUAAAGAUUUCCGUGAAUAACUGGAGAGCGCAUGGCACUCCAUUGGGGUCAAACGAGAUUAUGAAGACCAUGUUUCAUCGGGAUGUAAUUGUGCUCCUGCUUUCGGAUGGAAUCAUGUGUGGACUCACCGGUGUAAGCUGGCUCAUUCAGAAGUUGGUAUACCACCGCGUGGUCGAUUGGGAUCGAAGUGGGUGGAUUAUACAAAACAUCUGGCAGACCCUCUUCAUCACCGGCAUUAUCGCCUGGACCCAUGUCCGUGACUGGCCGUGGACUCAUACCGUCUUUUUCGUGCUACAUGGCAUUGUCAUGCUCAUGAAGCAGCACUCCUAUGCCUUUUACAACGGCCAUCUCUCAACAGUCUAUUUGGAACGCCUGUUUCUCCUGUCCAAACUGAAGCAACUCGACCUUGUCCAUCCAUCCGAGGAACCAUCAUCUGCUGUGCCACAGGUGUCUAGCCUAUCAACCGACCACCUCAGAGUCCCUCCAACUGCCAUGGAACGCCGCCAUUCCCUGUCGCAAAUUCCUAAAACGGAAGAGACAGACAUUGAUAGGAUUGCAAAGGCGAUUGCCUCGCGUGAGCCUCUGAACGACGAACAAAUCGCAGUAUUUGAACGCAUCAUCAAGUGGGAAGUGGAUGCAUUGGCAGACGAACUCAGAGGAACGGCCAGCGAUCCAAACAAAGCGUAUCCGAAUAACCUGACAUUCCUGGGUCAUUACGAAUGGAUACCCCUGCCAACGCUGGUCUACGAACUGGAAUACCCGCGCUCUCAAGAAAUUAGUUGGAAAUAUGUUGCCGAAAAGCUGAUCGCCAUGGUUGGCGUGCUUUUUGUCAUGAACCAGGUGGCACAGUACUCCAUAUACCCCGUGGUAAUGAAGACGGUGCAGAUGAAGGAGAAUGGACUGCCGCUGGCCGCUCGAUUUCGAGAAUUUCCGCUGCUUUUGCUUGAUCUCAUCUUCCCAUUCAUGAUGGAGUAUCUGCUUGUCUGGUAUCUCAUCUGGGAAACCAUCCUCAACGUUCUUGCCGAACUCACGUAUUUUGCUGACCGCAGUUUCUACGACGCCUGGUGGAAUAGCGGUAUGUUUGCAUCUGUUCCUCUAUCAGCAUAA